ACCACAACAAGAGUGUAAUUGAGUCCAAAAUAAGCUCCGAUUCCAUCGAUUGACAACUGAUCGGCGUUUUGAUUGUCCGCUAAAAUGAGUGAUAUUUUGCGAAACAAUAACAAAAUGAGCAAAAAGUCACCCAAAAAGGGAUCCAAUGCUAAACAAGUGAUUAAUAAUAAUAGUAUUAAUGAUAAAAACAAUGGCAAACCUAAUGCCAGACAACAGCAACCACUCGUCACCACCGAUGAAGAGGUGAUCGUCAGCCAUGACAUGGAUCUGAUGGCCGGUGACGACGACGACGACCACACACUUGAGGCCAAUAGUCUUAAUAAUAAUAUUAAUAAUAGUUAUGUAAAUAUCGGGGCCUUUAAUAUCGACACCAAUACUGUUAUAAUUCCCCACAACUUCUUCGACUCUCGACACGCGCUGUCAUCGCAAUCAUCUGUGCGGCCACUGAUCGUGAAGUUUGAGCCGAUGGGCGGCAAGAAUGGCGCCGAUAAUCAUAACCAGAAGAAUAAGAUAACGAUUAUUAAACCCAAAGCCAUUGAAAAGCAACAAAAGGUGGCAAAAGGCAACGCAAUGGUCGACCAGAAAGUGUUGUCGAGAGUGAAGUGCGGCAAAGGGUUGACAACAACAACAACAACCACAGCGACAGUAGGCAAAGGAGCCGGUGAUCAACACCUGAAUGGGAACAGCCUGUCAUCAAUUGGUGUGAAUAAAGUGCCGAUUCAUCGAUCACUUCCGCACACAAAGAGUCGUCAAAUGUUAGGCAAAAAAGGCGUUCAGACGACGACCUCAACGACAAACGCAAUGACAAUACAAUUACUGCAAUCAAUGGAUUGCAUAUGCAUUGAAUGCAAGACUCUGUUCGCCAGCAAACAGGCCCUACACGAGCACAUUCUGGCCCAACACUCGGCACCCAUUAGAGCGCAACCGCAACAACACAUUGUGAUUACGGACGGCAUCGACGACGAGGACGAAGAGGAGGACCAGCAGUGCGGCCCACAGACAUCGGGCCAGACGUUCCGUUGCCAGUGGCAGGACUGCACUCUCGACUUCGACUCGAUGGACGCCUUCCGACAGCACGUGGACUCACACGUGCAUCAAGUGGUGCGCGUGGGCUCACCUCUGCAUACCAUCGAAGUGGAGACGCAUCUCGAAGACGGGGAGGACGAUGAUGACGACGAGCCCGACGAUGGCAUCGAUGACGAGCGGCUACUCCUCAGCGACGACGACAUGAGCGCCAGUUUAGUGAUGAGAAAGAGUCAUAACAUCAACGGAACCAAUCAUACGAAGAGCGCCGGCGGCGACGCCACGGCCUCAAGUGAUGUCUAUAAAAGCCACUGAGAGAAGCCGUAUGUCUGCAAUUGGCCGGACUGUGACUGGAGGUUCUCAAGGUCUGAUGAGUUGUCGCGACACAAGCGGUCGCAUACGGGAGAGAAGACACACAUCUGUCCGUUCUGUUCGAAGGGCUUCUCCCGAUCGGAUCACUUAAGCAAACAUUUUCGGGUCCAUAAACAGGAACUGCCGGACGGUCUCGAUGUCAAGCAUUUAAUCAAAAACGCCCGCAAAACGAAGAAUCGCUUCUGACUUUAACGCACUUUUUUUGAUGGCAUUUCACAAAUAUAUGAUAUAUUUUCUCUAUUUUUAAUCGUGUUUUUUGAGUUAUUAACCGUAACUUUGCUAUUGUUUUAUUAUUUUUUGUCAACCAAUUCUCAAUCAUUAAUAUAUUAUAUAUAAAUGAAAAUAAUUAAUGAAAUUAUAAUAAGACGCGA